AUGGAGGCAGACGAUAGUAAAACCGGUUCCAGUCAGUCAGCGGAGGUGGAGCAGUCUGGAAAGGCUGAAAGAACCCCUGGGAGACCAAAACGAGGGAGAAGGAGAGGCAAGAGAGUUGAUGUUCCAAUUACGAAGAAAGGUCGGAAGAUUGAGGUGGGAGCUGUGAGUCUGCAGCCCAACAACGCCACUUCUGAUGAGUCGAGAAAAACAGAACAGGUAAACAGCAAAGAGAGCUCAAAGUCGGAUGCGAAUAAAGUUGAAGUCCGAGCGAAAACCUCGCCCCCAAUUGCACUGCCCCCAAUUGCCCCACCCACCUCCCUGGACUACACUGAGCGAGAUGUGACUCCACCCCUUGAGGUCCUCCAGAGCAUGCAGCAACAGGCACCCUUCCAGCCGCCCUUCUUCCCAGUUCCCUUCCCCAUCACCUCCUCCCCUCUCUCCCUCUCCACCUUCCACCCCUCAACACAUCUGUUUCCCGGUCAACACCCAGUGGGUGGGGCCUCACUUCCCAUUCUGGGGAUGCCCCUCUCGUUUCCCCCGACAAUCUCCCAGAGAGGCAUGGCCGGCGGGGUCGUCGUGUCAUCGGUGGUGUGGCCUGUUCACAUGGCACCUGCCCCAUGGCAACAGAUCUGGUUGAACCCACACCAACGAGCACUCGGGGCAGGGACUACCCCUGUUAACACCGAUGCCAGCACAGACACCAAGACAGAUUCUCAAUCUACAGCCACAACUACUCAAACAGCUGAGCCCGAGAAUCAAUUUGAAGCAAGAACACCCCAGCCUCAGAGAGAAAGGCUAGCGGGACUCUGUUGUAACAUCCUUGGGCAGAAGCCCUCCUCAGGGACCCUUGGUGUCAGCUGA